CAGAAAAACAACGUGAAAGUUGUGAAAUUUGUUCACUCAUUGUUGUGUGGUUUGUUUCUUGCUUCGUUGCUGCUUGCUAAGAUCAGUGUUUUUCUUAUAAUAAUUAUCUUUCAUCGAACAGAUUAGCAACUGUUCUCAAUAUGCCGAAGCCUGUCAGGAAAAAGAAGCAUUUCAUCCGCAAGAAAGAAUCUACGACCUAUCGCCUUAUCCCUGGUUAUGUUGAUGACGAGGAUGAAGGAACGAAGCCUUGUGGUGAAGAGCUGGAGAAGAGAAAAGAAGAGCAAAGGGAGUUUGGAAUAUUCUAUGACGAUGAGUACAACUACAUGAAACAUCUGAGAUCUGUCAAUGAGCAGGCCACUCUAGUCAGUACAGAAAGCUACCACAUUGAUCCUGAGGAUGAGGUCAGAUCACAUGCUUCCAUGCCUUUUCCUUUCAAAGAAUUUUUUUCUACGGAUGAAACUGAAGAGGAAAAGAUUGACCCAGAAAUAUUGGCAGCUCUUGAGGAGGCUCCAGUUGUUGCUAUAGAUGGUGACGAUGUCGACGUGGAUGAAGGUGGCGCGGGUUUUCUCGAUGAUGAUUUUAUUGUCAAAGCAGGAGGAAUGGCCCCACAGGAGAGAGAGACUGGUGGAGACGGCGAGUUUGACAUGGAUGACAGAGAAUUUGAUUUUGAUGAUGAAGAUGAAGAGGAGGAGGAUGAUGAUAAUGAAGAUGUUGAUUCUGAGUUUUCGGACAGAGUUAGUGACAUAAGUCUAGAAGAUGAUGACAGACUCGGGACCCGGAAACGACAAGGAAGAGGGACUGAACAAGAUGACAUCAUAGAGGCUCAGACAGCCUUGAUUCUGAGGAACUUUGAGGAAGGCAUUGGUUUCCGUUGCUCUGCACAGAAUCUGUCAGAUGAUGAACAAGAAAUGCCUACAGCAGAGGAUUAUGAACGUUUAAAACACAUCAUAGGGCAGGAUGAACUCAAGCCGAAAGUCACAUCAUGGGCUGAGGUUUUAGAUGAUAAAAGUGAAAAGCCUAAAAUCGACUCCUCGAAAUAUCUGUAUGAGGAUGAAGACGAGUAUGAGUGGAAAGAGGUCCCUCCCAGCAAGCCCAAGUAUGACUGUGUCAGCAUUCUCAGUUUGAGGUCUAAUACAAAGAACCUGCCCACAGACUUAAUUCCUCCUCUGAAGGCCAAGACCAAGAAGAAGCAGCUCCAACAGUCGGACGGUGAGUCCACCACGUCAGCAGCACCCGGUCUCAGCCUGAGACAGCUGGAGGAGGAGAUGAGAGAGAGCCGCCGGGCUGACAAAGCCAGCACCUUCCGACCGGAGGACGAGACGGCCGAGGAGAAACGCGCCAGGAAAAAAGCCGUCAAGGAUGAGCGGAAGGAAAGAAGACAAGAGAAGAAAGCAAACAAAAUGGUGUUCUCCCAGGAAAAGAGCAAGAUGAAAGUGGAGUCUGCGGCUCUGUCGAAAGCUGUGAAAAGUAUCAAACUGACAUGAGUGACUGACAAGUGGAACGUGUGUGUCUGUGUUUGUGUGUGUGUGUUGUAGAUGAUCGACUGAAUUAACGACAAUGGGUUCAGGUAAAGCCUUUUGGCAAGAAGGUUUAACAAGAAAACAUCUCUAAAAAGCAACUUUUACGGGGUUUUAAAAAAAAUCCACGGUUACCAUGGUAACGCCACGGCAGCCAUAUUGAAAAUAAACUGCUUUCAUAAAUCUUGAAAGGCUUUUUUAUUUAUUGACCAAAUUUAUUCAAAUUUGGUACAUUGAUAGAUAUAC